AUGUCAUCUGCAGGAGGAAAAGGUCUUGUUUUAUUAUUUGUAGGAGCAGUUAGUUUUUAUACUGGAACUAAGUUUUGGAAACCACUUAUUAUUGAUACAUUAGAGAAACAAGGUACAUUAAGAGAAGAUGUUGAUAUAGGAUAUGUGGAUAGAGAACAACCACAAAGUUGGAAAGAUUUAGCUACUAGAGUUAAACAAACUUUGUCACUGGAUGAUCCUUCUUCAACAAUAGCUAAUAGUAAUAAUACUAAUAAUAUAUCACAAGAUUCAGUACAACAACAAAUACAAACACCCAAAAAAGAAGACUAG